AGCAUGCUCUUGCAAGGCCAGUUGUGAUAAGGUGAUGGCACAGCUGAGAUGAGCCUCAGAAGGCGAAGCUAACUUAGCAGCCAGAGAACAACUUCAGCCCAAUUGUGGGCCUUUUGUGUGGCUUGCAGAAGGGAGAGAAGCAGUUUUUUUAAAUAUUGGAAAAGUUUGUUUUGGAGAAAUAUUGUACACCAAGAUGAAGUCCAUCAGUAAUCUGGAAAAGUUGAACUCACUACUACCAGACUUACCCAAGGGACCACUCUGUGCCUACCGGAAGAAGGCAUCCUUUAAUUGGAAAGAGAUGGCAUUGUUCAUCGAGGGUGAAGAUCUCAUAUCUUUCAAGAAUAAAAUAUUCUCUACACUUGAAAAUGACCCUCUCUUUGCUCGUCUUGCUGGAGAAGAAUUACCUCUUGAGAAGUAUCGUGAGUUAACAUUCCUGCGCUGUAGAAGACUCUUUGAAUAUGAUUUUCUGAGGCUAGAAGAGUUUGUGGAAAAACCAUUAAAACUUGUGGCACUGAUUACUUCCCUUGGAAUGUAUGAUUGGUCCCUUGGGGCUAAGUAUUUGCUAAAUACUCAGGUAUUUAAAGGUGCAGUUGAGAGUGGUGGCAUCGAAAGACAUGCAGACAUUAUUCAGCAAAAUGGAACUAUGGAGAAUUUUGGAUGCUUUGCUCUGACUGAACUCAGCCAUGGCAGUAAUACCAACAAUAUGCGAACUACAGCUAGAUAUGACCCAUCUACACAGGAGUUCAUUAUUCAUUCACCUGAUUUUGAAGCUGCAAAAUUUUGGGUUGGCAAUAUGGGGAAAAAUGCAACACACGCAGUUGUCUUUGCACAGUUGUAUACUCCAGAUGGGCAGUGCCAUGGACUGCAUUCCUUCAUUGUACAGAUUCGUGAUCCAAAAACACUUCUUGCAAUGCCAGGGGUGAUGGUUGGCGACAUAGGGAGGAAACUGGGGCAGAAUGGUUUAGAUAAUGGUUUCGCCAUGUUUCAUCAUGUGAGGAUACCAAAGGAGAAUUUACUGAAUAAAACUGGAGAAAUCACCGCCGCAGGGACAUAUACAAGCACAUUCAAGGACCGCAAGCAACGAUUAGGAGCUUCCCUUGGUUCUUUGUCCAAUGGAAGAGUCAUGAUUAUAUCCAUGUCGCUUGUCAAUUUAAAGCUUGCUGUGUCAAUAGCCAUACGCUUCUCAGCUACUCGACGCCAGUUUGGACCAACAGAUGAUGAAGAACUUCCAGUCCUUGAGUACCAAAUGCAGCAAUGGCGCUUACUUCCUUAUUUAGCAGCAGCUUAUGUCUUAGAUCAUUUCUCCAAGACAUUGUUCAUUCACUCCGUGGAAUUCACAAUAGGCCUUCUCAUGGGGGACAAGAGUCCACAACAGGCUGAACUUGGACGGGAGAUCCAUGCUUUAUCAACUUCAGGCAAGCCACUGGCUUCUUGGCUUGCACAACAAGGAAGUCAAGAAUGUCGAGAAGCUUGCGGGGGACAUGGCUAUCUGGCAGUGAAUCGUCUUGGUGAUAUCCGGAACGACAAUGACCCAAACUGUACCUAUGAAGGUGACAACAAUGUUAUUUUACAGCAAACUAGCAACUACUUGCUAGGUUGGAUGAGUGGCAGACAACAAGACAAAGGACCUAUUGCAUCACCACUUGGAUCAGUAAAUUUUUUGGAAGACUAUGAUCAUAUUCUUUGUCAGAAAUUCAAAGUGUCUGGUGUCCAAGACUGCAUGGAUCCUUCAGUACCUUUAAGAGCAUUUAAGUGGCUAGUUUGUUACUUGCUCCGAGAGAGUGUCCAAAAGCUAAGAAAUCUGGAAAAAGCUGGUUAUUCUGAAUUUGAAGCAAGGAAUCAAAGCCAGGUGUUCCACUGUCGUUCUUUAGCUAUAGCUUUUAUUGAACAUGUUGUUUUGCAAAGAUACUAUGAAUAUGUUCACAGCUCCAAAACACCAGCUAGCCUUCAGCCAGUAUUGAAACAGAUCUGUUCACUCUAUGGACUGUGGUCUUUGAAUAAGCACAUGGCAGUUCUUUACCAAGGGGGCUACAUUUCAGGUGAAAAUGCUGGUAGAUUUGUCCAAGAUGCAAUUCUAGAGCUUUGUUCAAAGUUGAAGCAAGAAGCUGUGGCUUUAGUAGAUGUUAUUGCUCCUCCUGACUUCAUUCUCAACUCUCCUCUUGGCAAGGCGGAUGGAGAGCUUUAUAGAAACCUGUGGAGCAGUGUUCUUCAAGGCAAAAAAGUGUUGGAGAGGCCAUCCUGGUGGCUUGAAUUUUGCAAUAAUAAGCCUGUUGUAGGCCAGCUGAGGUCAAGAAUGUGAGCAAACAAAUAUUUUAGAACAUCCCCAGAAGGACUUGGAUGAUUCACCCUGAUCUAACAUUACAAGGAUCAUGUUAAAUGGCAGUAAUUUUGUAAAGGAAAUACUCAGAGACAACAGUCCUUAAAAUCUCAUUCCACCCAUUUUCAGGGCUAUUAGCACAAUCAAGGUGAUUACAAUCCCUGGCGGAUAUAAUUCCCAUCUGUUGUCAUUAAGCCGAGCUUUGUAGAAAUGCAGUUUGGUCAAAAUAGGCUCUGCCGUAUGUUCCUUCUGUCUCUGUUGAAUAUAGCUGAUGUGGAAAUAUAGUACUUACUUUAUUUCCCCAUAAUUAACUUCCAAGUGUUAAAAUGGUUACAACAGACUGAAAGAAAAUGAUGCCACAUAAAGACAACUCGAUUUUCUGUUGAUUUUGAAAGUCAUUGAAGAUUCAUGUAAGAAGUGCUGAGCUUUCUAACACGAUAAAAAAAAACUGUAUAUGUCUUACACAGUUAAUGAAAUUUUGUCAUUUGUUCAGUGUCGAUCAAAUGAGAACAGAUUUUGAUUAACUGACAAUUUAGUUUUUCCCAUUUCUGCUGCAAAUAUUCAAUCUCUUUAAUUAUUGUUAAUUAUUUUAUUUGAAAUGCUUCUAACAUUCUGCAUUGUAAUUUCUUACUAUAGUUGUGGGUUCUCUUUGAAUGCCACAGAGCUGUAAAAUGUGAAUGUUGUAAUAUAUGUAAUAACUAAGCUCUCUUACCUAUUAGGUAAUGUUAUGAAAAAAAGCUUUGUGCUAAUUCAAUGGAGUAAGUAAUGAUACUUAUGAAUUAAAUUUUUUGUUAUAAUACAA